CGAAUCAUUCGCGUUACGUCAACGUCAACAACAUGUCACGAGGAUCAACAAAUUAAGUGACAGGGGGUGACUUUUGUUGUCUUGUACCUGAUUAUCGUUGUGAACAGAUAAGUUUGAUAGCUGACAAUUAAGGAUUAUGUCGUUGCUCUGAUUUAAACCCCACACAACACGAGGUCUUGUGGAGAAACUGAACUUAAAGAAAGAAAGCAACCUCAUGAGAAGCGACAGAGCUAGAACAGGAUUCAGCGAGUGUAUGUAAAGGCGCGUCGUUACUGUGUGCUAAUGCUCUUUCUCACCACAAGAUGGAGAUAUAGAGCGGAUGGCUUUCAGGUUGUUGCCUCUGCCUAGUAAAUACAGGAACAUGGCCUUAUUUGACAAACUUCCACCCAUGAGCAGAGAAGGCUUCAGGUACAAAUUACCUGCUCCCUUUCGACUAAAUAAAGAGAAGGAUCGAAAAGUGGAUGUGAGAAUGCCAUUUAACCGAAGCAGCUGCCAAGCAGAUCGUCAAUACUGUGUACAAAAAGACAAAAAAAGCCUUGAUUGCCUUAAGGAGCACUCACAAAAUAGUAAACAGACCAGUAACGGGAGACAGGAGAAAUAUGAUAGGUCUAAAUUGGAGCAUUUUGUUAGUGAAUCCUAUGAUAUACCCAGAAAAAGAGGCGAGACCAACAUCAAAUCACUCAGUGGGUAUCAGAUCUCACACAAGGACAGAGUUUAUGAAAAUGAGAUGCGAAUUUCAAAGGAAAUACACAAAAAGGAAAUUGUAUUACAAGAAAAGUUGUUAAAAGCAGCAGAAAAUAUCAGAAAGAUUCAAAUGAGAACUGCGAUUGAAGACAAGGUGAAAAAGGAGCAAAUGAACCCAAGAAAAGCAGAAAACAGUUUAUAUUAUAAAGAGAAAGGAAAGUGGGACUGGGAGAGCACCAGAAACAGGGUUUUAGGAGGAAAAAGGCAUGAAGGACAACAAGAGGGAUUCAACAUCUGGGAUAAAGAGAAAGAUGGUAUGGAAAGACAGGAGGAUCAUGUGAAAGAGACAAAUGCUUGUCAGAUAGAGAAAAGGAGAAAAGGAAUAGAGAUGGAGAAUAGAAAUACUCAGAGAACCACAAAAGCUAUGGAAAAGGACAGGGACCAUAUUGAAGAAAUGACAGGGCAUACACAGGAAAGAGCAAGAACCGAAAGAGACAAAACGAGGAGAGAAAGAAUAGUAGAACAGCGAAAGAAUGAGAUCAGAGUAUAUGACCAGAUAGACAGGCAGGAGAAAGAAAUAGUGAGAGGGUAUGAUGGAGAAGAGAGAAGACAUGAACAGGUAAAGCAUAAGAAAGAUAUAGAUAUAGGCGAUGAGGUUCAGCAAUGGGACGUAAUGGACAAAUUUGCCUUAAAUGUGCCUAUAAAAGCGGAAGCUGUCUCCAGGUAUAACAAAAAAGAUUUAUUUAUAAAGGACCAUUUGGCAACUCAUAAGAGAGUCCAUCAGUACAGUUACAUGGCUGCAGAGGAGAAGCAUCUCAGACAGCCACUUCCUGAAGCUGGUCCAAGCACUCAGAAUGGUAAAAGUCUCCAGCAAGAACAAGUCAAUCAACAUCAGAUUGGACUCGAUAUCACGCAUGAAUUAUCUGUGUCACAUCAAUGUCAUAUCUUGGGAGCCAAAAAUUAUGAACUUAUAAAGAAAAAAAGGCAACCACCAGUGAAUCAACAGAGCUACAGUAAGAAUGUGGCCGUAUAUGAAAAACGUCCACCCCUGAGUAGAGAAGGCUUCAGAUACAAUUCACCUUCUCCCUUUACACUGAAUGAAGAUAAGGAGAGAAAAGGGGCUGUGAGGGAAGACAAAACAAGGAGAGAAAGAGACAUGAAAUGGCAAAAGAAUGAGAUCAGAGAAUAUGAGCAGAUAGACAGGCAGGAGAAAGAAAUAGUGAGAGGGUAUGAUGGAGAAGAGAGAAGACAUGAACAGGUGAAGCAUAAGAAAGAUGUAGAUAUAGGCGAUGAGGUUAAGCAAUGGGACGUAAUGGAAAAAUCUGCUUUAAAUUCACCUAUUAAAGAGAAGGCUGUCUCCAGCCAUGACGAAACAAUUGUACUUACAACAGACCAUUUGGCAACUCAUGAGAGAGUCCAUCAGUACGGUAACUUGGCUGCAGAGGAGAAGCCUCUCAAACAGCCACUUCCUGAAGCUGGUCCAAGCACUCAGAGCUGUAAAAGCAUCCAGCAAGAACAACUCAGUCAAGAAAGAAAUCCUGAUGCUGAUUUACAACUUGUACGUUGUGAAGUAUGUAACAGAAAGUUUAAAGAAGAUCGUCUGGAGAAGCAUAUCAGCAUUUGUCAGAAAAUACAAAAACCUAAGCGUCAGGUCUACAACUCCUCACAGCACCGGCUCAAAGGCACUGAUCAAGGGGAGCUUUUGAAGACAAAGGGUCUAUAUAAAGCACCAGAGAACAUACAGCCAGAUCAUGCUCCUGCAGCCGGAGGCUUUCAGCCAAGUACAGAUCCGAAUCCACAUUAUAUAAACAGCCCCCACUGUACCAGACAUUCUCCCCCUGAACCAGCUGAGAGACACAAUCCAAUAUGCCAGCAAAUUAAGAGCAGAAAUCCACCUCCAAGGAAGCGUCAGCAUCAGAUUGGAUUCGAUAUCAUGCAUGAAUUAUCCGCUUCACGUCAAUGUCAUAUCUCGGAAACCAAAAACUGUGAACUUAUAGGGAGAAAGAAACCGUCUGAGAAUCAACAGAGCUACAGUAAGAAUGUGGCCGUAUAUGAAAAACGUCCACCCCUGAGUAGAGAAGGCUUCAGAUACAAUUCACCUUCUCCCUUUACACUGAAUGAAGAUAAGGAGAGAAAAGGGGCUGUGAGGGAAGACAAAACAAGGAGAGAAAGAGACGUGAAAUGGCAAAAGAAUGAGAUCAGAGAAUAUGAGCAGAUAGACAGGCAGGAGAAAGAAAUAGUGAGAGGGUAUGAUGGAGAAGAGAGAAGACAUGAACAGGUGAAGCAUAAGAAAGAUGUAGAUAUAGGCGAUGAGGUUCAGCAAUGGGAUGUAAUGGAAAAAUCUGCUUUAAAUUCACCUAUUAAAGGGAAGGCUGUCUCCAGCCAUGACGAAACAAUUGUACUUACAACAGACCAUUUGGCAACUCAUGAGAGAGUCCAUCAGUACGGUAACUUGGCUGCAGAGGAGAAGCCUCUCAAACAGCCACUUCCUGAAGCUGGUCCAAGCACUCAGAGCUGUAAAAGCAUCCAGCAAGGACAACUCAGUCAAGAAAGAAAUCCUGAUGCUGAUUUACAACUUGUACGUUGUGAAGUAUGUAACAGAAAGUUUAAAGAAGAUCGUCUGGAGAAGCAUAUCAGCAUUUGUCAGAAAAUACAAAAACCUAAGCGUCAAGUCUACAACUCCUCACAGCACCGGCUCAAAGGCACUGAUCAAGGGGAGCUUUUGAAGACAAAGGGUCUAUAUAAAGCACCAGAGAAACAGGAGGCUUUCGUUGAGAACAUACAGCCAGAUCAUGCUCCUGCAGCCGGAGGCUUUCAGCCAAGUACAGAUCCGAAUCCACAUUAUAUAACCAGCCCCCACUGUACCAGACGUUUUGCCCCUGGUCCAGCUGAGAGACACAUUCCAAAGUGGCAGCACAUUAAGAGCAGACCUCCACCUCCAAUGCAGCAUCAGCAUCAGAUUGGAUUCGAUAUCACGCAUGAAUUAUCCGCUUCACGUCAAUGUCAUAUCUCGGAAACCAAAAACUGUGAACUUAUAGGGAGAAAGCAACCAUCUGAGAAUCAACAGAGCUACACUAAGCGCAAAAAGAUUAACCAACGUCAUGCUCCUCCUGCAGUCAGAGGCUUUCAGCCAAGGGCAGAUGCGAAUCCACAUUAUAUAACCUGCCCCCACUGUACCAGACUUUUUGCCCCUGUUCCAGCUGAUAGACACAUUCCAAUAUGCCAGAACAUUAAGAACAGGCAGCGUCAGCAUCAAACGUGAUGGCAGGGAUUGCAUGAGACAUCCAGCUGACCAAGGACUCCACAUUGCCGGCUGAGCCUUCGCUACGCUCCUGGAGAGGGCUGCUUCACCGUUAUCCUGCUGUCUUCCUCCUGCUGCCUAGUUUUGGAGCCUGGACCUCUGCACAGACGCCCCUACAGGAAGGACAUUUACUUUCGCUGCCUUCCUAAUUUUCUUUCUGCUUUAAGUGAAUGAGAAAAUAAAUACCACCCUUCUGUUAACUUUAA